AUGGCCAUCGUGACUGACCCACCCUCCGGGUGGGGCACAAAACCUGAGGACCUCGAGGACGAGGAUGACUGGAACGCAGAUGAUAGUGUUGGACAAUGGCUGUGUGCAGAGUUGAAACUUGGAAUAGGCCGUCCGAUCAUGUUUCAUUACAAAGGCCUUACUUACAUGUUUGAAGCCGGUGGAAAGUUCUACUUCUGGUAUUGCAUUGAUCUCGCUGUUUCUGAAAUCACAUCUCCGACAGAGCUGGAUGAAAUCAUCAAGGUUAUGAAGGAAAAGGGAGAGGAGGUUUUGAAGACCAAAAAGAUUCUUAGAUAA